CAAAAAUCGCGAGCUUGAACCUGCUGCCGCCAUGAACACAAAGCUUCCUUUGCUACUUGGAACGCUUACCGUGUUCCUGUUGAUCGCAAAGUGGAAGACUUGCAAUGAGAGUGAGGCCACUGAGGACCUUGCUGAGAUUGCCAAACCUCCUCCGUCCCGUGUGCUCCUGAACAAGCUGGAGACUGAAGACAGUGAGAAGACCACCUUUCAGGAAGAGGUGAGCCAGGACACGUUCUUGCUCAACUUGAGCUUGGACAAUACCACCUGCAAAGACAUCCCCAAGUUUGAGAAGAGUGUCACUGAGUAUGAGUGUGUUUUUUGGUGGAGUGCCACGGAGAUGCCGCGGGUGAUCCCUACCCUGAACCCGCUCUGCCGUGACUGUGUGCUGCUCAUGCCAUCACCGGAGCGCUCGAGCUCCCAUUUGUCCUUGAGCUUGCAGACUCAGAAGGAGGAUGUUUGGGAGUCCGGGCGGGUUUGGACUCGGAGGUUCUUCUAUGGAGAGUCCCACAUCCUCCCAAUUGUGGUGCUGAGCGGUGACCGGAGCACCAACACUACAUACAGGGUGCACCUGGAACGUGAUGCACCCUGGUGGAUGAAAACAUCCACUGAGAGAGAGAUCUCCUCCACGACCAAGCAGAUCUCUUUUUGGGCCUCCGUGGUCGCGUAUGGCAUGGCGAUGUUCAGUGCCAGCACCUUUCUGGCGCUGACGCGGUUGAUUCAGUUCAUGGACCUCACGACUGAGAUCAAAGGGACGCCUCAGGAGUUUGCUGAGAACUUGGAAGGCUUGAACUUUGAUCUCACACCCUACUUGCCGGACCUGGGUCUUCCAACCUUGGAGGAUGUGAAAAUGUUCAAGAAAAGGGCCGUUCAGAUGGUCAAGGAGUCCUUCGUGAUGAGUGAGAUGCGACCAUCGAGCGAUUUAGUUUUGCAAUAUUGCUAUGCUUCUGCCCAAGGACUCCUGGCCGGCAACGGCAUUUUGCACCUGCAUCCUGAAAAAACAAAGAUCUUGAUGAAGAGUCUGGAGGAAGUAUCCUCCAAGAACUUGAUCUUCAAAAACAUCCGGGAGAAUCAAACCAGGUCAGAAGCCAUCAGAGGCAUGGCCGACGAAACUUCCAGUGCGCUUCCUGCGCCGGGUGCCAGCAGCGCCAGCAGCGCUGCGCGCGCGACGCUUCGAGGAUCACCUCCUGCUAGCUCAAAGGGUCACUGGCAACAGCUGAAGGACACCCUUCGUCGUUUGAAUGGAGAACAUCCUGGAGAUGACAAAGAGGACACGCCUGUGGAGGAAGUGCCAGACUCCCACAUUGAGAUCCUGAUCUUUGAAUGGACCGAAUCAGACUGGAAGGCCUUCAUGAAGAAGACCUCUGAGGCUGGUGUUACUGAGAAGGACUUCCCAGAAGCCAGAAAGAUCCCUUGCCUCCAACCUCCGCUCAGUGAUUUGGUCAACGCCUUCCAUUUUGCACACAAGCUCGAGUUGCUAAGGCAGAUGAUGCAUUCCAAUACUGCAACCUUCAUUUUGAUGUUUCUCUUUUGGUCGACCAUGACCACGACCUACUCACUGUACUACUGGAAAGUCAUGAAGCACAGUCAGCGCAGGCUGAAGUGGUUGGAGCCUGGCUUUUUGGCGAUUUUGGCUUUGGAUUGUGGCCUCAUUUCCUUCACCAAAAGUGCUGUGAAGAUGAUGACUCAACCUUCCUUGGUCACCUUCUUCUUCUGGAGGCCCGAGAGCUGGACCGUGCGGACCUUUGUGGCGGCCGCCCUCCUUGGCUAUCCGGUGGUAUUUAUUCUCAUCACCUUCUACCUGGUCUACGGCCUGACGAAGGGCGAUGGUCACGCGGGUCACGCCGCAGGUCACCACGGACGAAGGAAGGAGUUGGUGUUCAACGUAGAGAUCCAGCAGUGGAUCGACCCUACCGCGCAGGAAGUCAAGGUGGACCUAGAACCACCAAUCCCAUCCUGGUUUCCGGUCGUGGGUGAGUUCCUCACCAGCCAUGUGCGCUCCUGCGUCCCGGUUCUCGCGCCAAACGGCCGCCCCAUCAACUUCAAGACCGAUGUGGAGGAAGUGCCUUUAGCAAAGGUGACAAUUGACAAAGCCAAGCUUGAGGAGGAGUCCGUGCAAUUAUUUCAGGAUCUCACCACGGAGUUGCAUCAAAGCAUGACCAAGCAGACGGAGAAAGCUCGAAUGCGCCAAGAACAAUGGGUGCAACAAGAAAAGGACUUGAACACGAAGAAAAGAGAGCGACAGCUCCAGCACAGAGAUGCUCUUGAGCAGAUCAAGGGGCAGCUGGCUGCAGAGGAAGCAACCUACGGCAGAGAGGAGGAUCAACUGCCUUGGGGUCCUUUGGCCGAUCCUAGCUGGUUCCCAAGUUCAGGAGAAGUAGAUGAGGAGGAGAUCUUCGUUUUCCAGAAAGUCAGCCUCGUGAAGCUUUUCAACCAGUGGACAUCCCAAAGAGGUCGGAAUGACUUCGAAGUCCUUGACGCUGAGGAGUCCGUCGCCCUUCGCUCCUACCUAGAGGGUUUUGUCCAACGCGAGAAGGAGUUGAAGAAGUACAACAUCAUGGAGGUCUCGUUUUACAAGGGUUUCUUGCUGCCACGAGAGCCUUACCUCAGAAAGAACGAGGAGGAUCAGAGGAUUGAAAGGCACCCCAGGAUUUGGUGGUUGCCCAAAGAUGUGAUGCAGGAAAGAUUGAGUUCUGAAGGGGUUUGGUUGGGCGAGUAUGCCCCCCUGGACAGCAACUUCAUUGCCAACCCUUCGGGGCAAAGGCUGGUGAUUGAAUCCCACACCUUGGACUUCUUGCCACAGCUCUUUGGGCGCUUCAAAUUGGGAGAUCAACCUGCCGGCUGGUGCUACUGGCUUGAUGAGCCACAGGAGGGCUGGGAGAUGUUUGCCUCUGCCGUGCGGAGGGAUGGAUUCUUCCAAAAGGGCACCGCGAGGAUCACCUAUGCGACCAAAUGGCAUUGGAUCUAUUUGGACCAGUGGGACUUGCCCUGGAGCGCAGAAGAGCGCUCCUUGCUCAAGCGCUUCAAGCAUUUGGUGCCCCUUGAGAUGUCGCGGCGCGAGAAGGACGAGAUUAGAAGAUGGGUCUGGCAAAAGCUGUUGCCGUGCGCCACGGUCAAAAUGAAGCUCUCAUGGAUGUCCAGGCACCAUCCCCUCUACUACAACGAGCGCGACACCAUGCUGGAGGUGGUGGAGAAACCCUUCGAGGAUUUUCUCUUGGACCUUGCUCAUGCCAAGCCGAUUGAAGACACGGCUGCUCGCCCGGUUGCAGACGAGCUGCUACACUUCUCACUGAUGAAGUUCCAGGAUCUUUACCUAGAUGAGCCCUGGUGGGAUGACUCUGACAAGCCUGAUGAGGGUGAGCGCAAGAUCAUGUUUGACCACGCUGCUUUCUUUCAGGAUGGCACUUUUGACAGCAGGUGGAUGCAGCGACGGGAGGAAAGCCCGUUGAUCCCAGAGAACGGCUACCAUUCAUCCUCUUGCUUCACUCGCUUUCCAGAGGACACGCUCGGCAAGAAGCGCUACAUCAUCAAGAAGCCAGAUGGCUGGAGCAGCCAGAUGGAGAUGAAGGUGCAGUUGAAGCAUGUUCCGCCCCUCAUGCGCUACACCAACAAAUUCAAGGCCUGUGUUCCCCUCGAGAGCUUGGAGCUUCCUCUGUCAUCAAGCUUUGCAUUCAUGUUGAAGGGUUCCGGCAAGGGCGAGCAGUUCAACUAUACCUUGGACCGGCUCACAACCAUGAUCACCAUUGGCGUGUUGGCAGUGCAACUGCCCGGCCCACUUUGUGUCAUGAUUUUGUUUUGCUUGCUUUUGCUAGCGUCUAUCAGCCGCUUCUACACAAAGCUCACCUCCAUGCAAGAUGAAAAGGGGACAGAGAACACCAAGCAUGGAUAUGUCCCCUUGACCAAUGAGCCGAUGCUGUCGCACUCCGCGGCUGCUCGUGUCACUUCGACGGACUGGGUGGCAGCAAUGGGAAAAGUCGUGGCCAUCUUCCUCGAGAUGGAAGUCUUCGCACUUUUCAUGCAGAGUUUGGUGUUGGGCUUCCUUGCCAUGGAUCUUAUCGGUUUGAUGAGCCCGUCACUGUGUGCCAUCGGCUGCAUCUUGACAUGUGUGAUGGUCCAAGCAAUGAUUUGGCUGAAUUUGGGCAGUUGGGGCAUCGAUUUCCAUGACUUUGGCACGCAGAACGUCAACUCGGUCUCCUUUGUGGUGUCCGAACUCGGAGUGCGGCUGGUUGGGAAGCCACUCGUGGAUGACUUGCUGCCAGCAGAGGAGAAGAGGCGGCAACAGGUCAUCAAGCACAACGCCUAUUUUGUAAAGGGCAAAGGCUCCAAUUCUAGGUCUGGCGUCCCAGAAUGUGCCGCGGACCUGGUGCGCUGGUACCAAGACAUCUCCCCGAACUUUCCGAUCGCCCUCUCGAUGGACCAGCUGAACCGCCGUAAGUGCAUUCCUUCGGUGGCAGCAACGCUGCAAUGCGUGAACCAUGCAGGUCGCAGGAUGAGCCACCCUGAUUUGGACUCCUAUCUCACACUUUUCUAUCCUGAGGAGUGGGAAGAUGAGAACGAUAAUGACCCAGAAGCCGUGAAGUUUCUCCUUGAGAUGUGGAGAGUGCAGGUAAAGGAGUGGAUGGAGAACUCCCUUGGAGCAGUCUACAGCGAGCGAACCUGGACGAAGAAGAUUCAGGAGCACAUCAGUGCAUUGAUGGCGAUGCCCUUCCAGAUGAGCAGCCAAUUUGUCAUGAUCAAGGUUGAACACCUUUUGAUCCCAAAUGCGAAACCUAAAAUGAGCUGGAGAAAGGAGAUCCUGGACAGGCUGGAGGGCAAGAUGCUUUAUGUGACCAUUCUCUAUGAUGAUGAAGAUUUCCUGAGCGACUUGCCGCCAGGUCGGUCCUCUGGCUACGCGAGGAUUGAGAGGCUUGCGGAUGAGAAGAAGAAGGAUUUGAUCCGAGAUCCCCGAAAAGAGAGGACGAGUUCACCAGAAGCGGACGCCGGAAGUGAAGAGAAGAGGCCGUUGGAGGCCGACUUGCAGCAAAUGGGCGAUCUCGCUCGUUUCCGUGCCUUGAUGGAAGACGAAGGGGACGAGAUGCCUGAUUUCAUCGAGUUAGAGGACUUAAAACAUUUCGGAUAUUGGUGCCAACAUCAAGAUGAGUUUAAGGUGCGCCUGCCGGCCACAGCGAACCAGUUUAAGCUCAUGGUGUGGAUGCAGCACAACGUGGAUGGGAAGAUGACUGAGGAGCUUCUGGGCAUUUCCGACCCUUUUGAUUUGAUCUUACCGGAGGACCUGUCUUCAAUGGGUGCGGAUGAGGCAGACCAGAGGCGGAUCUACUUCUACAGCAGCUGGACCACCGAGAGCGGGAGAUUGCAGAGAAUUCAAGAAAGUUCGAAGGAUCAGACUGAGAACCACUCCUUCUUCCCCGAGACCAAGCGAAAGGUGCGAGACUACUUCAAUCCUCCAAUCACCAAGAGCGAUGUUAGAGAGACCAUGGGCUUUGUCGACUUCAAGGUCCGACCCGCAAGUCAAGAGGAGAACCAUGAGGAUGAAGAGGCUUUGAUUGCGGUGCGAGAUGUUGUUGCAGGAAGCAGUGAAUUGAAUAAAGCAAAGCUCCGCCGGCACUUGGAUCGCCAGACCAUCUUCGCCAAGUUCUUCGGGCUAGCGAUGGAGGUCGACAGCAGCUUGGAGGAGCAUUUGGACAAGUUAAAGGAGUUCAGGGCAACUCACCAGAGCGGCGCUCUGUUCCUUAAGGAGUUGCGCAUGGAAACUGGACACAAAGAGAAGCUUGAAAUGUCAUUGUUGGAGAACAAUAUUCGGCGAUCGCUUUGGGAAAGGGACGCCAUGGACAAGGCCAUCAAAAGCCUUGAAAAGGGCAUCGCAGAAUUGAAGAAGAAGAAGCAAAAGAACCUAGAGAGGCAAAAAGGAAUGGAGGCGGUAGAAAGUUACAGGAUUCAAGAACGCUGGCGUGGAUCCUUCUGCACACAUGAGACUGUCAUGGACUUUGAGAGUGCCUUGUUGCUUCAGUUGCAGACAUUCAGACAAGGCCAGCAGAGUGAUUUCACUAGCAUUUUGCACUACGUGCUCAUGGCGGAUGAUGUGAAGCCCAACAAAGUGGGGCGCCCGGAUUCGGUACCUCCUCACAUGUGUGAAAUCGUUUGCAACACGGUGCAGGAUGUUCCCAGAGUCCAGCUUCGAUGCUCCCAGUUCAGCUCCGAUGUGGUCUUCAAACGCGAAACCAAUGGAUCGAAUGGGGAUGGAAUGCCUGCCCUUGUGAAUGCCCGGCUCUGCUUCCAGGCGGUGGGAGCUGAAGCGGAAAAGUACUACAAGGCAUUCGCUCCGGAGCCCGGCGAGUGGAUGAUCGUGAAGGAUGCUGAAGAUGCCAAUCUGCCUGAGUGGAAACCCGUCUUUUUGUAUUGGGACGGCUUUGCCCGCUGGGUGGUGUCACCCUUCCGGGGUGAGCCAGCGCCAUAUGGCUUGAAGACCGACCAGAAUCAGGGAUUGUCCCUUUAUGUGCGAGACAGUGCUUCGUCCCCCGAUCGCAUCAAGAAGGGCAUUUUCAUGAAAUGGCACGUGGAGGCGGGUGUCGCGGAGUGGAAAGAGGAUCCCAGUAUCACGGUCAUCUCCAAAUUCAAUUGGAAGUCCUUCGGCUCUUCCAAGGGCCAGCAGCUAGCAACCCACGCCAAGACAGUGGAUCAAAGUGGACAGUCCAGCACCUUUGGCAAGAUCUUCAAUGCUUUGAUGUUCGUGUUUGUGUCCACCAGCAGCAAGAAGACCUUGCCCGAGAUCAAGGAUGGUCUCAUCGGACUGGAAGGCCGCAACAUCAUCUUCGCGUGGAAAGAUUUGUAUCAAGAGUCACUCGCUCCCUUUCGAAGCUUCCUCCUUGAGGAAUUUGGCAGCUACCAUGCAGCCUGGGUCUUCUUAUGUCGCAACUGCACCAUUUCCAAGAGCAGAUGUGUGCGCAACUUGGCAAGAAUGCUGAAACGUUGCCAUGAGGAAACCCAAGCAGCUCUGAAGGCCCGUGCUCAAGCCGCUGGCAAAGGAAAGAAGAAGUUCCAACGCGAUCGUUCCAUGAGAGAGGGAAUAAGUCAGGGCCAUGUGCAAGAGAAAAGGUCCAUGAUGGACCAUGAUGAGAGGAAAAAGAAGGCAAACCUGUUUUUGAGCAUGUUAGGAAAGGCCAUGGUGGAGAAGGCAAGUCCUGUGAAGGAGGAAUCAAAUGAGGAGAAGGCACUAGAGCGCAUGCAAGAAUAUUUGCAUGCUCGUGUUGCAGGAGGUAGUCUGGAAGCGAUUUGCCAAGAGCUCCUCAACCAGCUGGACCACAAUGAGAAUGGGAACCUAGAGGUGCACGAAAUUCUAUCCCUGGAAAAGAUGCUCGAGGAGAAGCUCGGCAACAAAGAGAUGAAGGAAUUUCUCAGCUUUCUCAAAGUGCAUCCCAGAUGGAGCAACGUGGAGCACUUUUGGUCAGAUCUUAGUGAGGGUUUUGAGAUCAGCAAAGAGGAGUUCGUGAGGGAUUCCAGACUGCUUCUAUUGCGAUUUACCAACCAGCAGAUGAUCAAGGGUGCCAUGCCAGACGUGUCCAUCGAGUCCAGGGUAGAACUCAUUUUCUCUCAAUUGGAUGUGCAAAUGAGUGGUGGCGUUGGCCUCAAGGAGUUGAUUCCCAUGUCGGGUGAAGGCCUGGCAGAUGUUCAAUCCAACUUGGCCAAGUUCAAGAUACCCCUGGACUACUUGAAGGAGAUCCGCAUUGAAGGAGACGCACAUGACGACCGCCCUUACCUACGCUUCCAGGUUCAUCCCGACUUCGAGAGCAGUCCAGAGUGGAGAUCAUUGAAGAUGGGGCUUUCUCCAGACUGGGAGCCCAACCAGGGCUUGGAGUAUUUGCGCGUGGGCAUGGCGCCACACCACCUGGACGUGUGGAAGAGGGUGAUUCUUGACUGGGGCAUGGACGACUCUGUUGUUCAAGAAUCUAUUCGUUUCUACCAGGGUAGAACCAUUUCACAUCCGACCAUUGAUGGGGUUCACAUGCGUUCCGGGAAGGGGGUGCAGCGCUGGCCAGAUGGCAAGAUGUACUGCGGAUAUUGGGAUGAUCACCUUUACAACGGCGAAGGCAGUCUCUUUAACGACUACCAGGACAUGACCCGGGGUGUGAAUCCAAUCUACAAGGGUGAAUGGCAGAGGGGCAAGCGCCAUGGUUGGGGCGUCUUUCGGUGGGAGCAAGGCGCUCCUGAAGGAAACCCUCAUGGUGCAGGCCAGUCGUCUGAGGUGUUCAAGGUCUACGAAGGUGAGUUUGUCAACGACUUGUUCAACGGCCAGGGGAGCAUGAAAGUGGAGAACGCCCCAUUCGUGACGACCACACAGCACCAAGGUGUUGGCCCAGGAUGCGUUCCUUUGCCCUGCCUCGAUCCAGUCUCGAUCAUGAGCUUUGAAGGCACCUGGGCCUCAGAUUGGUACCAGGCCGAUGAAGAGGCUAGAGCUUCUAGCAGUCUCUACGACCACUUGCACCCCAAAGAGGAAGAAGCCCCUCGCCACGAGAAAACGGCAAAACUUCACUUGAAUCUUCACAACAUCAAAUCAACUCAGAGCAAAGAUCCGAAGUUCCUCAGGUACUUCUCCGCCGAUUCUUUGGGCGUGCAGCGUGCAGGGAAGCCUUUGCCCGAUCUGGCCUUGGCCUACUAUCAGCAGCAGGGGUGUGAUGCGAAGCACAUGACGAAAGGGCGAGCAUUGUACGCUGAUUUCACCGUAUACAUUGGAGACUAUGCAUGUGGUGUGCCUGAUGGCAGUGGAGAGAUGACACAGUAUGAGUACAAUGGAACAAAAGGAAAGCCGUUGGCGCACUACAAGGGCUACUGGAAGAAUGGCCAGUUUCAUGGAGCUGGCAGGUACCAGACAGCAGAUGGCUUGACUUAUGACGGCCAAUUUGUGGAAAACCUACGCCAUGGCUUUGGAGUAGAAGAGGUCAGCAAGGACUUGGCGCUGAAGUUGGGUUAUGGUAAGUAUGAGGGAGAAUGGAAGAAUGGAGUGUUCCAUGGCCAGGGAAGGCUCACCUCUGCUGAUGGCCGGGUUUUUGAAGGUCACUUUGUGGAGGGCCAGCGGCAAGCGGGCGGUCGUGAGCUCAAGCCGGAGACGAAGGGAUUGCCCAACCUCUUCGGCAGUAUGUUGAAAAAGCCUAAGGUGGAUGGUGAGGAUGUCCUCCAUGCGCCUGAUGAGCUACGAUUUCUGCAUGAAACCAUUGGGCAGCUGAGGCAUCGGCCUCGCUCGGCGCCAGAGCCACCCAGCGAUCUGGAAGAUGUGAUCAUCAAGGGUGGCACGGGUGAGAAUGAGGUCAUGAACGGUGUUUACUUCCGGCUGACGCACACCUUUGGCCAUCGUGUGUUCAAGAUGGUCAAGAAGGUCGGCAUCUUCCAGAGCGUGGUGAGGUACUUAUACCUGGACGAUGCCAGUGAAUCUUGGGUCAUCUCGGCCCAGCCGCUGUCGGGCAUUUGCUCGGCCUCCGGCUGUGCGUUCGUGCCGGAGGAUGCGAAGCAUCCCUCGCUGGUGACAAAGCCCUGGUAUGUUUGGCAUGGAUUCUCCAAGACGUUGCGGGUCGUUGGGGAAGAGUGCGAGGAAGAGGAAGAUGAGAGACAGACUUUCAGCUUGGGAAGCCUAAGGGGUACACCGAGCCCUGUUGAUCUGCUUGAAGCCAAGAGCAUCAUCGGAUUCCAGCUGACUGGACAUGCGGAUGGAGAGGUCGUGCUUGGAAUGAUGCGGAGGAUUCCAAUGAUUCAGUUUGGUCGCCCAGUCUAUGCGCACCAAUCUGGUGGACAGUAUCUCUAUUUCCACCGGAAAGGUUCCACAAACAAGUGGGACGGUGCUUUCCAAGAAGAGUUGGGUCCGGGGAUCGAUCCCAAGCCCAAGCUCUAUGAGGACAGAGGCUACUGGAUCUUUGCAGCAGAACUUGGGAACCUUCCCGAGUCGCCCGGCUGCCAUGGCUUCGUGGAGGACAAUGCAGUGACACCAGAUCAGAUCUCCGGCACUUGGAAGGUCAAAGUCGCCGACCAGAUGCAGAGGAGCCCUGCGUUGAAAUUGGUGCCACGAGAAUGGAGUGACGAGCAUUUGUUGCAUGACACAGGCACUAGCGGAGCAGCCCGAACAAUGGUCCGCUCGUAG